GGUAGUGCACAAUUACAUGCGUUGCCUUUUUCUCUAUCUCUGACAUCGGAGAAACAAGAAUAUCUUCACCGGGACGCCAUCUCCAGAGAUAGAAAAAAACACCCCUUUUUUUUCAAUUUCUAGAGAGAGAAACGAAAGAAAACAAGAAAUUUUUAGCAAAACGCACCGGCCAAGACGACUUCUUUUCAAAUAAAAAUAUUUAGGGUUUAUGCAGCUUCAUCGUCAUCUUCGUUGUUGUUGCUUGUUUCAAAGUUGAAUUUCCAUCUGGGUGUUUGCUAUUUGGAAUCUUUCUUCAAUCAAUCCAUCUGGGUGUUGGUAUUUAUAUUAUUUUCUUUUGAUUUUGGGGAAAAAGUUUCGAUCUUUCAGUCAUCACACUGUUUUAUUGCUUGUAUGUGUGGUGUUUGUGGAACUUUUAAUCCCUUUUUAGAUGAUGGAAAGCUUAGUUUAGGGUUUUAGAUGAUAAGUUUGGUGGACAUGAUUGUCCCCAAAAUUGGGUUUCUUUGAAAAACUGUAAAGAAUUCUUUAAUCUUCUCAUGGUGGUUGAUCAUCUUGUGGGAUGCAUAUGUGGAUUUCUUGAAGGGUGUUUGUGAGGGUCAAGAUGAGGAACAAGGGGAUAAUCUGAAUUUGCAGUAUGAGUAACAGUGAGAAGAACAACAUCAACAGGGCAAUAGAAGAAGGGGCAUUUGAUAGUAAUAGUAAUAAUCAUAGCAACAAUAGCAAUAAUAAAUCUGGAACAGCGAAAUCGGGAUCCGGUUGCUCGAAAUCAGCUUGUUCAAAUGGGUCAAUCUCGAAUUCAGACAGCACGAUCGAUGAGAGGGUGCUGGUUGAUCCAAAACUGUUAUUUAUUGGAGCAAAAAUCGGAGAGGGGGCUCAUGGGAAGGUUUAUGAAGGAAGGUAUGGUGAUCGGAUUGUCGCCAUAAAGGUUCUCAACCGUGGUAGAGAUGCAGAAGAACGAGUUGCACUUGAAGGUCGUUUUGCACGGGAAGUUAAUAUGAUGUCGAGAGUGAAACACGACAACUUAGUGAAGGUGGAUUGCCUAUUACAAGAUUUGAACUUGAUAGAUGUCUUAGUUGAUUAUUUUAAGUUCAUUACUUUUUUCUUGCAGUUUAUUGGAGCUUGUAAAGAUCCUUUAAUGGUGAUUGUCUCUGAGUUGUUACCGGGGAUGUCACUCCGGAAAUACUUAGGCAGUAUUCGUCCAAAUCAAUUAGACCUGCACUUGGCGUUGAACUUUGCUCUUGAUAUUGCUAAAGCCAUGGAUUGUUUACAUGCCAAUGGGAUUAUACACAGAGAUUUAAAGCCUGACAACUUACUGCUUACUGCGAAUCAGAAGUCUGUAAAGCUUGCAGAUUUCGGUCUUGCAAGGGAAGAAACGGUUACUGAAAUGAUGACGGCAGAGACUGGAACUUACCGUUGGAUGGCACCUGAGUUGUAUAGCACUGUGACCUUGCGUCAAGGCGAGAAGAAGCAUUACAAUAACAAGGUCGACGUUUACAGCUUUGGUAUUGUGCUCUGGGAGUUGGUGACAAACCGAAUGCCAUUUGAAGGCAUGUCGAAUUUGCAGGCUGCUUAUGCUGCUGCUUUUAAGCAAGAAAGGCCAAAUCUUUCAGAAGAAAUCUCACCUGAACUCGCGUUCAUCAUCCAAUCAUGUUGGGUUGAGGAUCCCAAUAUGCGACCAAGUUUUGAUCAAAUCAUACGGAUGCUCAACACCUUCCUCUUCACCCUUCCGCCGCCACCCGACCCAUCGCCGGAAGAACGCGAUGCCGCCGAGGAUGCAGCUGCAGCCAGUAAUGGCACGAUGAACGAGCUCUCUGCACGCUCCAGACGCAAGUUUUCUUUUCUUCGCCAGAUUUUUGCUGCCAAAAAGACCAAGAACUCACAGUGAAUCGCGGGUAAGAUCUUUUGGGCGGUUUUAAUAUCUAAAAAGACGAGAACUUGAAAACCAAAUUGUGAAUCUUGAUGCAAAAAGCGUUGAAUAGAUGAAAAAAAAUCAUGUUAGGGAAAUAGAUACAAUGGAAGUGUCUUUAGUCGACAUUGGUUGUAAAUGAGGCUCAUAAAACCCUAGAUUUUUCGUUCGUGUUAAUAUGAAUGCUGCUCUAGUUCAGCUAUUCGAAAAGCCUAGGCCCUUUUCUCGGGUAAUUUACAACUUUUGUUGCAUAAGGUACAAGUUAAUAUUGCAUCAUCGCUUUCGAUGGAGGAAAGGAGUAUAACUUAUGAUAUAGGACUUAAUGUUAACAACAAAGUUCUUCUUUUGAUUACUAUGAUUCGUCAAGAAAUCUAAAUACCAUGUGAUUCUGUCGAGUGUCGACUGUAACUUGGAUGACUAAGAUGAUAUAGCAUUACUCUUAACGUGAAUUUC